CACUUUGGAACAGCAAAUAUUUACCCCCCAAAAUCCCACUUGCUGUGGAUAACAUUGCUGCAAGUUGUUUUCUUUUCCUGAUAGUAGAUUCAGAAAAAUAAAGAGAAGAUCUCGUGUCGCAUCACUGCUCAUCAGGGGAGAAACUUGUUGCUGAACAAUAACAUGAAACCUGAUUUUUUCCUUGUCUUCGUUGAACUGUGUGUCAUCGUGCAUUUAUCAUAUGGAAAAGCUGAGGUUGGGACUCAGCAAAGUGUCUUAUUCGACCUUUCGCCUUUCGAUGAAACUACUAAACCAUCCCCAUGUAGCGCUGUAUCAGAUCAGCCCAAGGAAAGGCCUAUGUCAGCAUUCUCCAUGCACAACUUCACCAAACUGAACACAAACUUUGGAUUUAAUCUCUACAGGAAAAUCUCACUAAGGCAUGACAAAAAUGUCUUCUUCUCUCCGUUGUCACUAUCAUUUGCUUUGGCAGUCUUCUUGCUGGCUUCCAAAGGGGAAACACAGAACCAAAUAGUGCAAUCUCUAAAUCUCCCUAUUCUGAAUGGAAAAGAACACCAUUUUCCAGCCUUGUUCCAACAGUUAAGGGUCAACAUCACCCAAAACAAAGAAUUCAGGCUCUCCGAGAAUAGCUUCUGUUUCAUCCAGAAAGACUUCCAGAUCAAGGAGGUCUUCCACAACUUGUCCAAACAAUACUUUGAUAUGGAGUAUCUGACAGUUGAUUUCAACAACUCUUCUUUGGCCAAAAGCUUGAUCAAUGAGCACAUCCGGCAAAAGACGAGAGGGAAAAUCCAUGCAUUGUUUGAUGCAUUUGAUCAGGAUGCUAAAAUAAUCCUUGUGAAUCACAUUCUUUUUCAAGGUACAUGGCUACGCCCCUUUUCUACCAAGUUCACAGAACCACAAACGUUCUAUAUAGACAAUUACAGGACUGUCCGAGUCCCAAUGAUGUUCAAGACUGACAGGGUAGCUGCUACGUUUGAUAAGAACUUACGGUGUGUCGUCUUGAAGCUGCCGUACCGAGGGAGUGCACACAUGCUGAUUGCGAUGCCUGGGAAGAAUGCUGAUUAUAUGUCCCUCGAAGACCAUUUAACAAAUGAACUUGUGGAAUCUUGGCUUAAAACCAUGGAAAUAAGGAAAAGAGACAUUUAUUUCCCAAAGUUCAAACUAGAUCAGACAUAUCAUAUGGAUCGAUUGCUUCAAGAUCUGGGUAUUAAAGACCUUUUUUCUUACAAGGCAGACCUGAGUCAACUGACUGAUGAGAGAUAUGUUAAACUAUCACAGGUACUCCAAAGAGCUGUUAUUGAAGUGGAUGAGAUAGGAACUGAAGCUGCAGCUGCCACUGGAUCAGAAAUCAUGGCAUACUCCUUGCCUCCUACCAUCCGAGUGAAUCGUCCGUUCCUAUUUAUGAUUUAUGAAGAGAUGUCAAAUGCCUUGCUCUUUGUGGGCAGAGUUAUCAACCCAACAGAGCUGUGAAUAAAACUCACAUAUUUCUGUUUUGCAUUAAAUUAUAUCCAUUCUGGAGUUAGAAGAAAAGCUGUUUGUGGAAAACAGAAGAUAUUCCUGUUUGAAAGCAAAAAGGGGAUGGAGCAAGUAAUUCUGGAACCAGAAGCAGAAAAUAUUACUAAAAGUUUCUCUGAUCCCUUUAAUAAUAAUAAGCAAUGCAUUCCUAUGAAUGUGUAUUCAGAUGUACAUUCUACUGCGCUACGUAUGCUUUCUUCCAGAUUCACAGCCUACGUAAAUGUUGCCCUUUCGUUAACCUUUUAUAAUAUCAAAAAUAAACUGUCCAAAAGUGUCAUA